UCCUGGACCUGACAAUAUCAUAGGUUCUGCCUGGAGGAGGUAUUGAGAGUGGAGGGCUUAAAGUCAACAGCUGGCAGAGCUUCAUUCCCUGUGCUUCCUGUCCCAAAGUUUCCUGUUUUGUGCCCAGGUGUUGGGCCAGCUUUCUCAGGCUUAGGCUUGCUGUCUUUUUCAAUCCAGUUGAGUCAUGGAGAGACAGCUUUUGGGGAGUUUGCUACUGCUGCUGCUACAGCUGACCUUAGCCUCUGAAACUGCUGAUCAGCAUGAUCAGCAAAUGGAUCAAUCUACUGGUCCUGGCAUAUCAUGUAACUCAGUCCUACAAACCAGCAGCACUGGGGUAACCACGACUCUUGCAACUACUGGGAUGACUACAACAACAGCCUCAACAGCGAUCACCACUAAUGGGACAGCCACUUAUAUGACGACACCCAUGGCUGAUAACCAAGAAGGGAGUUUUACUACAAGCUCAUCCUCCACUGUAGUCGCCACAACCAGGCAGGACGUGGUUCCAUCAAACAUUACAGUGAGCUCUAUAUCCAAAAACAAGAUGGAGACUACUCAGCCUGCAUCUACGCAGCUCAUGGAAGCAGCCAACACAAGUGGCAGGAGAAUAACUAAUGAGAAUGCUGUACCUGAGACAAAAGCUACACUUAUAACCUCAAUGGUCCCCGUAACUUCUGAGAACACAGAUUCAUCAACAACCAAGGGAGCCUCAGACAAGGUUAAUGGGAUGAUCAAAGUUAGACCCAUAGCCUCAACUACAGUUGCCACAAAAGAACAAGGCUUGAUUCAAACAACAGCUGUGAUAAAUUCUCUGCUUAAAAGCUCAGAGGGAACAUUUCCAACUCUAACUUCAACGACAGCUGCCUCCAUAGUGAAGGAAGGUGAAUCUGUAUCUAAGACCAUAGAAGGGACCCCUACAGGUAUUCCCCCACACUCUAUGUGGACAACCACCCGUGCUGAGAUAAAUGGACCAACAAAGACCAUCAUGUCUAAGACUAAUCCUCUAUCUGUAACCUUAACAACAAUCACCACAAAGAACCGGUUUCCAUCUAUCAAAAAGAGUUCUAGUCUUGAGACAACCAAUGCUACAUCCCUGACUUCAAUGACAGUAACUGAGUCCCUGAAAGAGACAGCUGAUGUUACACCCACUUACCCCCAAAAAACAACCACCAGUGCUGAGACCUUGGGGAUGAUGACUACAUCUGAAACCAAAGCUGGGACCACAGUUCCAACAAUAGCAGACACAAUGAAGGACACGAUUUUUUCAGUAGCCACAAUGAUCUCUGGGUCUCAGACCAAAGGAGGGACCAUCAUGCACACACCCAUAGGUUCUGUGAAUCUGACAGUCGAUACUAGGGUGGCUAUAAAUCGUACAGCAUCGCUUACCACUACAACACUCAGUGCCCGUUCCUCUGGGACAAAUUCAUUCCCCAUUAUGCCUGUGGCCAGUAGUUCUUUGCCAGAGAUGGGCAGUCCCUGUGCCUCAGAUGAAUACCCUAGCACCACCCUAGAGAAAAACUGUAUAUGCAAUAGCAGCUACUAUGCUCACCCAGAAGUGAAUAAUGUGACAGUGGCCCUUUUUUGCCGACCUUGGGAGAUUGAAGUAUCCCUCAGCCAAUGCUUCCUGAAAAAACAUGGCUGGGUCCAAGGAGAUGCCCUCUUUCCAGGAUGUUCUGGGGUCAGCAAGAUCGUUCGUGGUUGGAGAACCAUCACCUUCGUGAUGAAGAGAAAUGAGAACACAUGUGGACUUAAGCUUUCUACCAAUACAAGCCAUGCUGUAUAUUCUCUAACUGUCCAGCUCCCUCCAGUCUCUCAUGGUUCUGAGAUCUCCAAAGGUUCCACUGAUAUCACCUUCAGUUGUGUGUACCCAUUGGUAGUAAAUGUGAGCCAGAAGGAACCCCCACAGAUGGCUCCCUCACUACACUCCAAAAUCCAUGUUGUAGGCACUGGAGAAUCCACCAUCACCUUGUCCUUUUUCACUGACGCCCAGUACUCUUCCUUGCUUGUGGACCAGCCUGUGGCCCUCAACACAACAUUAUAUGUGGCCCUAGAAGCCACCAAUGCUGAUCCAGAACGGUUUGUUCUGGUGGUCAAUGCUUUCUUUGCCAGCAUCAACGCUUCUGGGCCUUCAGCCCCUGAGAGUACCUACUACUUUGUGCAACAGAGCUGCCCAGUCAGUGACAAGUUACUCAUGCAGCCAAACACAACUGGGGAUUCCUUGAAAGUGAAGCUGGCCUUCCGUGCGUUCCGUUUCUUCUCCAGCGAUGUCUUAUAUUACCACAGCCAUGUGACACUGUGUGACAAGCUGGGAAAGAGCUCCUGCCAACCUAACUGUACUAGGAUGCACCAGAAACAGAGGAAGUGGGUUGAGCUGAAAUACCAGAACAAGAAUGGGAGUGGUUGGCUAACAUAUGGGCCAGUCCGGUUCCAAGAUUCUGAUCCUUCCCACAACAGGGCCCCAACAGGACCUAUGAGGAUUUGGCUGACAUUCUUUCUCCUGGUGGUGAUCAGUUGGAUGCUGGCAUGAGAUUCCCACUUCCCUACCAUCCUUUUCCAAGGAUCUAUUAGGAAAUAAACCCAUGUAACUUAGAAGUGGAAUGUCUGUGUCUUCUAAGUUGGUAGCUAGAGAGAGCGCCAGUCUUUCCAAGUUAAUCAGUAUCAGGGUUUCCCCAUCUCAGUUACU